AUGCAGAAACGCAAGACUCUAGGGAUUUGUUUCAAUUGUGAUGAGGUUUAUAGGCCAGGUCAUUUUUGCAAGAAACAACAACUUUACUUAAUGGUGGCCACAUUAGCAGAAGCAGAAACUAGUGAACCAGAUGAAGCAGUUACUGAUGUUGAUGAUCCUCCAGCAGUGGAAAGUGACAUGGAAAUCUCCCUUAAUGCCCUUACUGGCAAUGCAAUUGGUGACACUAUUCGAAUUCCAGGUUUCAUUAACAAUCAUGCAGUAUCUAUCCUCAUUGAUACAAGUAGUACUCACAGUUUUAUUGACUGUGACUUAGCUUAUUCUCUUGGUUGUUGCAUCACUCCAACUGCCAACCUGUCAGUUACUGUUGCUAAUGGUGAAAAGACUACAAGUACUGGGAUUUGCAACUCUCUUCAUUGGAAAAUGCAUAAUCAUUCCUUCAUUGGAAACUUGAGGUUAUUUGCACUAGGUGGUUGUGACAUAGUUCUUGGAGCAGAUUGGCUCAGAGGUUUGGGUGAUAUCACUUUUAAUCUUGCUAACUUAAGUGUUUCCUUUCUGUACAAAGGACAACAAGUCACAUUGGUUGGAGCCCCUUCACCACCUGCAUUAAGGAAGAUUGGCCCCAAAGGAGUAAAAGAGUUUUUCAAGAAUAAUUUCCAUGGAAUAUUUGCUCAUUUGUACUCUGUAACUCCCAACCCCCCAUCAACACCUCUUCCUCCUAUCAUCUCUGGCAUUCUCCAAGACUUUCAAGAUAUUUUUUCUGAACCUACUAAACUCCCACCUCAUAGAUCUCUGGAUCACUUUAUUCCACUUCAACCAAAUUCCACUCCAAUAAACCAGAGACCAUAUAAGUGUCCUUAUGUGCAGAAAUCUGUCAUUGAGCAGCUGGUACAAGAAAUGUUACACAGUGGUGUCAUUCAACCUAGUCAUAGUCCAUUUGCUUCUCCAAUUCUGCUAGUUAAGAAGAAAGAUAACAGCUGGAGAUUUAGUGUGGAUUACAGAAAGCUCAACAACAUCACUAUAAAAGAUAAGUUCCCUAUUCUUGUGAUUGAUGAACUUUUAGAUGAAUUACAGGGCUCUUAUGUAUUUACUAGAGUUGAUUUAAGGGCAGGGUACCACCAGAUCAGGGUCACAAUGCAGGACAUUUACAAGACAACUUUUAGAACCCAUCAAGGCCACUAUGAAUUCACUGGCAUGCCUUUUGGCCUAACCAAUGCCCCUGCCACAUUUCAAGCCUUAAUUAAUGACAUUUUCAAACCCUAUCUGAGAAAAUUCAUCUUGGUAUUCUUUGAUGAUAUUCUUGUUUACAGUCCUGAUAUAGAAACUCAUGCCAAGCAUUUACAAAUUACUCUUUCUCUCUUGAGACAACACCAAUUGUUUACCAAACUAUCUAAAUGA